AUGCCAGCUCUUCCCACUCCUCCUGCUGGCUCCCAUGUGAAGACGGAACCGGUAGUGGCCACACCACUGGUGUCUGCACCUAGUCGCGGAGCAUCACCCUCACGGACUUCAGCUCAGCCGAUGCUUUACCCAAAGCCCGAGCCUAGCAUAGACAGCGCUUCUAUGCCGGAUAAAAAGCCCGACAAGGAUGACCUCGACGAUUCAUCUCAGACCAAUUAUCUUCAGCAAAUCGUUGCCUUGAAUAAUCCAGAGACUCUCGAAGCAGGCGUCAAGGUUGGCGUCCAGGUACUAGACGGGCUGCUUUCCACUCUGACCUCGGACAACGACGACAUCAAGGCAUGGGUCAAGUCCAUCAAAGACCUUAGAGAGCGUGCCAAGCCCGCAAAGACCAUUGUUGGAGUCGUCGGCAACACCGGCGCUGGCAAGAGCAGCGUCAUUAAUGCUCUCCUGGAUGAAGAACGCCUACUUCCAACCAAUUGUAUGAGAGCCUGCACAGCUUCCCCCACCGAGAUUUCCUACAACUACUCAGUGAACCCCGAUGAACUCUACCGCGCUGAAAUAGAGUUCAUCUCGAAGCAGGACUGGAUUCGUGAGCUUGGAGUUCUCUUCAAGGACCUGCUAGACGGCAAUGGCGAGGUCUCACGCGAUUGCAACAACAGCGACAGCGAUGCGGGAGUUGCGUAUGCCAAGUUGACAGCCGUCUAUCCCAACAAGACGAAAGAAAUGCUGGCCACUGGAACCCCAGAGCGCUUUGCGGCUGACGGUGCUGUGUCUCGUGUCCUGGGAACAACAAAGAAGCUUACCGAGACAACGUCCAAGGAUCUCUUUCGAAGAAUGCAGCAUUAUGUGGACAGCAAGGAGAAGGAGCGAGGUGAUAGAAACCGCAAAGACCAGCCCAUGGAAUACUGGCCCUUGAUCAAGGUUGUCAGGAUCUAUACAAAGGCCACUGCCCUUUCGACCGGGGCUGUCAUUGUAGAUUUGCCGGGUGUUCAAGAUUCCAACGCAGCCCGAGCAGCUGUGGCGGCAAACUACAUGAAAGCCUGCACCGGACUGUGGAUUGUGGCACCCAUCAAUCGCGCGGUGGACGACAAGACAGCCAAGACACUUCUGGGCGAUUCGUUCAAGCGCCAGCUCAAGUUUGACGGAACUUAUUCUGCAGUCACGUUUAUAUGCUCCAAAACAGACGACAUCUCAGUCCUCGAGGCUUCAGAGAGUUUAGGCAUAGACGAGGAGAUUUCCGAGUCUUACGAGCGUUCUGAAGAUCUCAAACGCACCAAAGAGAGAUUGAAGAAGAAAGUUGUUGACUUGAGAGCAAAGAAGCGCGGCUAUAAUGAAACGAUUGAGGAUAUUGAAACCAAAUGGGACAUUUGGGAUGACCUUCGAACCAAGGCAUCUGAGGGCGAGACAGUCUACGCACCUGCUGAGAAGUCGAACAACAAGAAGCGCAAGCGACAGAACACAUCAUCCAAGAGCCGCAAAAAUCAUGCCUCUUCUGAUACUGAUGAUUCAGAAGACUCGGUUUCAGACUGGAGCGAUAAGGAAAACUCUCAGCCAACCGAGGAGCAGACUCCACUGACGGAACAGGAGAUAGAACAGACUCUUGCCGCGUUGAAAUCGCAAAAGAAACAGAUUCGGGAGGACAAACGCGAGCUAGAUGUUGAAAUCAAGCAAAUUACCCAGCAAAUGGAAGAGUGUCAGCAAGAGAGAGACACACUCCUGGGAGAGAUGAGAGCUAUUUGUGUUCAAGGUCGCAAUGAGUACUCGCGCGGCGCCAUCAAGCAGGAUUUCGCUUCAGGAAUCAAGGAGCUUGAUCAGGAGAACGCAGUUGAAGAGGACGAGGCAACAUUUGAUCCAGAUCAGGAUCUCCGCGACUACGAUGAGGUUGCUAGAACUCUGCCAGUCUUUUGUGUCAGUAGUCGAGCAUAUCAGAGUCUCAGUGGUCGAUUCCAGAAAGACGAUAUCAAAGCAAGUGAGCUUGGUUUUCCAGAGGCAAAGGAUACAGAAAUACCGCAGCUUCAACAACACGCCAAGAAGCUUACAGAGGCUGGACGUGCGAGCACUUGUCGGCGAUUCCUCAAUGACUUCAGUCAACUCACCAACUCGCUGAAACUUUGGGCAUCCACUGAUGGUACGCAGUCGCAUCUGACGGAUGCAGAAAAGCGACGCGAAGACGUGUUCUUGCGCAAGUUACUUCAAAGUCUUGAAGAUGCAUUUGAGAAAACUGUAAAGGAGUCCAUGGCAUCGGUCCAUCAAUCCUUGAAUGAACACAUCAUUGAAACAUUCAACACAGCAAUCCCUAAAGCUGUUAGAGAUGCCAUCAAUACGGCGAGCGGCUGGGGGGCUCACAGAUCAAUGGGCGGUCUCUUUUGGUCUACAUAUAAAGCCACAGUCAGGCGCCAAGGUGUUUACAGUGGUGCUUCGGGACCUCGCGAUUUUAAUCAAGAGCUCUUUGAUCCAAUAUCAAAAGACCUUGCCACAGGUUGGGAGAGGGCUUUUCAGCGCCGUGUUCCUCUCAUUCUGGAUCAAUUCGCCUCAAGUGCCAAAGCCCAGCUUUCUAAAUUCCACCAAUCAGCGGUGGAGCGGGCUCAGCAGCGACACACAAACGUGGCAGGAGUGAUGAUGUUGUCCCAACAGAUUCUCAACCAUAUCCGGACGCUCGGCGAGUUGCCUGCUACACUCAAGGCGACUAUCACGGACUUGCAGCGUGAAGCGAGUCGUCAGUUUGUUCCAGUCAUAAUGGAAGCAAUGGCCUAUGCCUAUCACGUCUGCAGCGAAGAAAGAGGAACUGGCAGUUACGCACGCAUGAAGACGGCCAUGAUUGGCCAUGUCGAGUUGAACAAGAACACCAUGUUCGUACAAGCAUGCAAUACUGUUAAGACCCACUUGGAUGCCAUGUGCCGUACUGUGCAACGAGAGAUGAAUGAACACGUUGAGAACAUAUUUGACAUGGUUUACCGUGAUUACAACACUGUUUUGAUCGGAACGACAGUAGGCCGUCCCGCAAAGAUCACGCCCGAAGAACGUGCCAUACGCUCGCAGGUGAACUCCUCCUUGAAGAAGGCAGACACACUCUUUUGCGCACCUUUGGGAAUACAUGUAGAUGCAGUCAUGGACGAUGCAGACAACCAUGCUCAUGGAGACUCACUCAACGAUGCCAUGGAAGAUAUGGAACAAGCCAUGGUACACGAGAACCGUUCCAGACAGGAAACACCCUUGGCACCUGUCUCGGAUGAUGCUGAGGACUCCGAUGACCCCUUCGCCUCUCCGGUGCGCUUUAAGACUGAGUUGGGAGAGGCAGCUGGAAUCGAAGUGUCGGAGGAAAUCGAACAUCAUGUGGAGGCUCCAGUUAAGUCUGAAACUUCGAGUGAUGACGAGCGCGACGCGGCUAGCCAGUUGCAAUUCGAGGCGCUCCAAGCAGGGCGCGUCUCGGAAACCCCGGCGGCACGUGUCCAAUCCACAGACGGUUCGGCCACUCCUAGAAAACUGGCCAAGCCGAAGAAGAAGAAGACGAGCAAUGAUUUCCAGGAUAUCUUCGACAUCCUCGGGGAUGACUGA